GUUCAAUGUUGAAUCAAGAAACGGAGCAGAUACGUUCGCAAUCUAUUGCCACAGGCAUCGCUUACGCAGAAUUAAACGAGUUUUUUGCCAAGGAACUGAUGGAAAGUGGUUACUCAUCGAUGAAGUUCCUUGCACACGAAGUGCCCUUAAAAAUAAUCAUACGUGUCCUCAAGGCCGAUGACCUCAUCAAUGAGAACCGUUAUCGGCUCAAGCAGAUCACGUCUCUUGUGAAAAAGCGUCUUAACAAGGACGUAACGAUUUUGGUCGAGAUGGUUAAGGACAAGGGACUGUGUCCGAACGUGCAGGCGGAGUACAUACGAAAGAAAAUGUCAGAGGGUCUUACAUAUAGAAGAGCCGUGAAUGGUGCGUUGAGGACCAUUAAGGAGGCGGGUGCACAGGGCUGCAUCAUUAUCGUGUCGGGUAAGUUGAAGGGGCAGCGGGCCCGAUCGCAGAAGAUGAUGUGGCAGACCAACAUUUACUCGGGUAGCCCAAAGGAGGAGUACAUGAGAGAAGGUAAAUCAACUGUGCAUCUGAAACAAGGAGUGAUUGGCAUCAUUGUGAAAAUAAUGCUGCCGCACGACCCCGAGGGCAUAAGAGGACCCAGACGCGAAAUGGUUGACAAGAUCAGGGUGCUUGAUGUGAAGGAGUGAUCGUUAA